AUGUGUAUGCAAUCGUCUUGCUCUAUCUGCUGCUUGCAAACAAGCACCACGGAACUGCGUGCAAUUUCCAUUACCAACAACCUCUCUAGAGACUUUCCAUCCACUUUUCCCCCUCUUCGCCCAGAUCAGGACAAUCCCGCUAACACGCACGGGCUUUCUCAAAUCAAACAGCAAAAACCAGCCUGCGCGGGCUGCGGCAACCACGUCCCCCGUGUCAUGGACUCGGUCCCGACCGAACAGUGGUGCACCUGCACACCCAAGCAGAAAAUUGAGGGUAAGGAGUAUCCCCCCCGCGCUGGUGAGGGGACAACUGCUGCAACAGCCGCUGCCUCCUCCUGA